UGUCACUAAUGACGACGUUACUCAUGUUGAUAAAAAUUGAGCUUUGUUUUGAUUUCAAUGCAUUGAAUUUAUGAAACUAUGUCGUUAUUACAGCAAAUUCCGUACAAGGAAUAUGCAAAAGUAAUCGGAUCACUAACACUAGAGCAGUGUGAAGUAAUAGCAACUCUAGCUAACGUAGAGGUAAGCUUUACGCAAACAGCUGCACCUGGUGAGGUUAUAUUGAAAGCAUUGGACAGAAAUGGCUGUUCCCUGCAAAAGUACAGACAACUCCUCACAACGGCACUCAACAGAAAAGUCAUCAAAACUUACUACAAACCGGAAGCUAAAGUUGCCGUUCUAAUAGCCAAUGACAAAUAUCAGCAUUUAUCCAAGUUAAUCACUCCAUCCAUAGACUGCGGCUCGCUAGCUACUCAUUUUAAAGAUAUGGGUUUUAUUGUAGUAACUAUUAAAAAUACAGUCAGUGAAGAUUUAAAAGGAAUUCUGGCGGAACUAUUUGAUUUGAUACCAGAGAAUAGUUACUGCUUUGUCUUCUAUGCCGGCCAUGGUUGUGAACUUUGCAACACAAAAUGCAUGCUUGGUGUGGAUUGUCCCCCUGAAGACAUCCAGUUGGGCCACUGUGUGACGGAGAACUUUGUGCUCCGAGAGGUCAGCAAAUGUAAGCCGGAGUUGAGCAUCAUGAUCAUGGAUAUGUGCAGGCUUAGUUUAAAUAGGAAUGCUAACCCUGAAAUCUUCACUGCUAUAUCUGAUGUCGAAGAAUAUACCAUCCAUAAGAACUCCCUUGUCGCCUACUCAACUCAAUCAGCUCAUUCAGCAUAUGAAGUUUUACAGAUAGAAUGCUCCCAAAGCUUAGAUAACAUUACAUAUGAAUUGAAACCAGGUGACACAGAGAAAAUAGUGCCACAAGGUAGCCAGUAUGUUAAUGCAUUGUGUGACAGACUGGCAGAUGGUUUGGAUGUCAGUGCCUUGUUGGAUAAAGUUCAUGAAGAUGUUGAGACUUCUACGAAAAAACAAAGACCUAUUAAACUUCAAUGUGGAGUUGUAAAAAGGUCAUUAUAUGAUCCUGCUUCAGGUGAUAAUGCAGAAUUAAUCAAUAAACUUCAAGCACUUUGCAAUGUUUAUGAAGAGCAUUGUACACUUUUAUAAAAAAAAAUAGUUUUGGUUUCCGAUCGAUAUAUGCAGCAACAAAUCAAAAAUUAUUUGAAAAUUAGCUGGGGUUCUAAGGUCCGCCACCUUGCAUUUUGGAGACAAAGCAAACCGCUUGGAACAGGUGUUCCUGGGGAUGAUCUGAGCCGAUUAAGCCCGG